CCUAUCAUUGCCUCAGUUGGAGUUGGUAUGGUCCGCAACCUGAUGUAGAGUGCACUCCGCCCCCAAGUGAUUUUCUUUUCCGUGGGAGCCAGCGUUGGAAAUGGCCAAGAUUAAGGCCAGGGAUCUGGUUGGGAAGAAGAAGGACGAGCUGCUCAAGCAGCUGGACGACCUGAAGGAGGAGCUGUCCCAGCUGCGUGUUGCCAAAGUAACAGGGGGUGCUGCCUCCAAGCUGUCCAAAAUCCACAUUGUUCGCAAGUCCAUCGCCAGAGUUCUGACCGUCAUCAACCAGACGCAGAAAGAGAACCUGAGGAAACUCUACAAGGGUAAGAAGUACAAGCCCCUGGACCUGAGGCCGAAGAAGACCCGCGCCAUCCGGCGGAAGCUGAACAGGCACGAGGAGGGCCUGCAGACCAAGAGGAUGCAGCGCAGAGCGCGCCUCUACCCCAUCCGCAAAUACGCCGUCAAAGCCUGAGGCCCGCCCCAAGCCCCGCCCCAAACACACGGACGCACUUGCAUUACCCUGUAAAUAUUUGUAUAAUACAUAAAUUAAAAACAAAAACCAACA